AAACUACUCUAGAUAGCACCAUGUCAACAAAACAGGAUCGGAAACAAAUACUAGAUACGCUAGAACAAGAGUAUCUUAGUGAUCUACUGCUUCAUCUCUACUCAACAUUUCUUUUACAUCGGAUCAAUCCCAACUUUCCCAGACAAAAAUGGGCUAAUUGGCCAUUACCGUUUCAUGAAGUGCCCAUCCCCCAGGGAUUCAAACAGGAUGGAGAUAAUUUGGUGGAUGAAUAUGACGGCGAUAUUGAUUUGGAUCAAGCUGCGUUUGAAGAGAGCGUGCGAGAGUUGAAAGAACUGAAGAAGAGCAAGAGGAGGAAGAUUACCAGUGGUGAUGCUGUGAGUACUACCAUGAGCGAGUCUGAAGAGGAAGAAGAGUUAGAAGAAUCCGAAGAAGAGCUAGAAGAUGAGUCUGAAGAAGAAUCCGACGACUCCGAGGAAUCAGAUGAUCUGGACCUGACAGCGAAGCCAAUUGUUGAAAUAACAACGACGGAGCAAGUAGCCAAUGCCAAAUCAGCCCUCAUCAACGAACUAGCCACGGUGAUCCACCGAACAAUCCGCAAUAAACUAAAACCACAACAGACAACUCCCGAUAUAAUGUCCCAUCCAAACAUGAUACAUCUAACUACACAACUUGCCAACAAAUUUGACAAGUUGUUGAGUAAUCUUGCGGUUAAUAAGUUUCUGGAAACCAUUGAUUGGACUCACGUUCUUCAAGCUGGACUUGAAUGCGAAUCUACUCCAUAUGAAAAAUUCGAUACCGAACAGUAUAGAACGGCGUACAACCGAUGUGAAGCACUUUUCGAAGAUUUGCAUUAUAAUUAUGAGUUUGAAGAAGAUACGUCUCCUCCUGAUGGUGUGCUAACGAAGGAAGGUUUCAAUGUCGAGGAAUAUUUGAAAUUUCUCGAGGAGACAACUACCGGAGCUGCUCAACACAAAUAUGCCGAACUAGCAAAGGGCCAUUUGGCUGAAUUCCAAAAGAAGUAUAAAGACAAACAAGCGUUUAAACAAAACUAUUUCAAGAGAUUGGAAAUAGAAGACAAGUACCAACAAGUCAGUUGGACGAAAGAGAAGGGUCCCAGUACCAAGAUCAAAUUAGCGCCCGAUCUCAGCAAUCUCGAGGAAAUGCGCGCUAGUAUCCUCGCCUAUGGAAACAACGGGAUCAAUCAAGUCACAUAUAUUCUAGAAAAUAUUUAAAAAUAACCCAAUUACAAUUCUAAAUAUAUUCUACUUUUUCUUAUCAAAUGUAGUGGUGAUUUCAGUUCCAAACACCACAUCCCAGAAUGUCGAAGUAACACCAAACCCUAAUUGGUAAUUCUUGUAGUGAUGUUCCAAAUGGUAAGUCUUCAAAUCUUGCAAAAAUUGAGGUAAGUUUCCGUGGUGCAACAUGUAAUGGGUUAUAUCAUACAUAAUGUAACCCAAGGUACCUCCGGCAAACCCGGAACAGGCCAUGUAGAAUGGCAAAAGGGAAAACACAAGUUUAUAGAAUGGGAAAGCCAAUAUGAUAAACAAUGCAGGUGGCAACACAAGACGGUACUCAUCCAUAGGCAAGUAGUGGUGAACCCCAUGAAGUAAAAAGUGAAUGGUGAAAAACACAGAAUGGUCAGGCAAGUACCCAUCAAGAUGGAAAAUAACCCUGUGCAAAAAGUACUCCACCAAGGUCCAAAUAAACAAUCCCAUAGCCCACAUACUCAAAGCGGUAAUUGGGUGUUGGUUGGUGAAUCCAACAUAAAAGAUGUAGAAGUUUGCAGGAAGCCAAACCAAGGGAACAACCCACCAGGGAGUGAGCGAGAGUGGUUCCAAAAAGUUUCCAAAGAGUGGUGCUGAGCCCUUUCCGUAAUGUCUAGGACGAUGGACUUGAUCCACGUAGAAGUCUCGGUUGAACUUACCAAACAACACUUGCCCCAACAAGGGUUUGUUCAAAUCCAAGAACUUGUGCUUCUUGACAUCUUCAUUGUAGUCAGUCUUGAUUUCCAACUUAUCCAAAGCAGGCAAAUGGUCGUGGAAUUCAUACAUGUCGUAGUCAUCACUGUCGCUUUUAGCCAACGUGACUUCCACAGGAGUCUUGUUCUUGUUGUUAAGGAGCUCUUCCUCCUCCUUGUCAGUGGCCAAGUAACCCACCAACAUGUCUUCGUCCAACAUUUCGUACGCAGACUCAGAAUGUUCGUGCGAUUCGAUAUCCUUCAUGAUGGCGGUGAUGUCCUUACCAGCAUAUGGAUACACAAUCAGGGCUCCACCAGGAUGUUCCUUAACAAAAGUGGAUACAUUGUACACUUUUCUCUGGUAGAGAGUGACCCAAAUAUCGGUGGGUUUGUCGUGUUUGGCGACUUCGGCAGCGGAAAGAAGAGGUAAGUUUCUAGACAUGGUAGGAUAAUAUGGAGAUGAUGUCUGAUAUGGAAAAGUCUAGUAAUGGAACCAGUGUGAUUGGCAGCGUCUUUUAUACAUUGACAUAAUUUUUUUU